AGAGACGACGCAGAUCGAAGGAUGAUCUGUGGAGGCUACAGCCACCCAAUUCUCCGGAAAGCUUCAGUCUUGAUAAGCAAGAGUAGGACCCAAAGUUACUGUACGGUCAUAUCCUCCUCUUACUCAAAACCUAGAACUAACGUAGCUCCUCGCCAUCUCAAGCUACCCUCUUCUUGGUUUCCGUCAUCGGUGAUCUUCAUGUCGUCGACAUCAGCUGCUGCCGGAAUGUCUACGGCGUCGUUUGAUGGGAAUCGUUUCCAGCUCUCUCCCUCGUCCGUUCUCAAAAUCGAGAAGGGAGACAUCACGCAGUGGUUUGUCGAUGGGUCCUCUGAUGCUAUUGUUAAUCCUGCAAAUGAGCGAAUGCUUGGAGGGGGAGGCGCUGAUGGGGCCAUACAUAGGGCUGCUGGACCUGAACUCAAAGAAGCAUGCUAUAAAGUCCUAGAAGUUCGACCUGGUAUCCGCUGCCCUACAGGAGAAGCAAGGAUUACCCCAGGUUUUAAGUUGCCAGUAUCUCAUGUGAUUCAUACUGUUGGCCCUAUCUAUGAUGUUGAUCCAAACCCUAAAGCCUCAUUGACUAAUACAUACAGGAACAGCUUGGUUGUGGCCAAAGACAACAAGAUUCAAUACAUUGCUUUUCCUGCCAUAUCCUGUGGUGUUUAUGGGUAUCCUUAUGAGGAAGCUGCCUCAGUUGCAAUAUCUACACUCAAAGAAUUUGCAGAUGGCAUUAAAGAGGUCCAUUUUGUUCUGUUUUCAGACGACAUUUAUGAAGCUUGGUUGAAGGCGGCGAAGGAAUUACUCCAAGUUUAGCAUGGAAAUCUAGAAUUUUAGUUGGCUCUCUUCAUCACUAAGUUGCGACUUGCAAGCAUGUAGAGCCAUUCAAGUUGUCGGACUUAUUAUAUUAUGGGUUUAUACCCAUAUUUUCAUGGCAAUAAAUCGAAUGGUUGAUGGAAUCCAUGGAAAUGGUAGAUUAUGAGUGUCAUAACUAUGGUUGCUUCUACUUGUAAAUAUAGCAGUAAUCGAAUGGUUGAUGGAAUCCAUGUAAAUGGUAGAUUAUGAGUGU